AUUGAAAACAAACAAAAAGAUUACUUAUUUAUUCAUUAAAAACAAUAGACCAAUCCAAAGCAGAAAUAUUUUUAGAUGAAAACAUGAAAAAAUCAAGUGGGUGGAAUUUUUUGCCUGUCAGUGUAUAUUCUUCUUUGGAAAGUAAAUAUAACUGUAAAUUAUAACCGUCGUGUUUAUCAAUUGACAACCUUUUGGAAUGUAUGGUUUAGUUGCUUAAUACUAUUUAUUAAAUUGAUAUUUGGAGCUUUGGUACUUUAGUAAAAGAAGAAAUGGCUGAUGAAAUCGAAAAUGAGCAUUACAUGACUAGUUGUGAGGUUUUUAUAAAAGAAGAAAACACAUAUGAUCCUGAGACUAGCUCUCCCUCAAUCGGACAAGAUGAAGGACAUCAAAUUUAUAAUGCUGACAAUGUUUCAUCGGUAAUGGAAGAAAAGUUAAUUAAUGCUGUGAGGCAAUAUGAAGAGCUCUAUAACACCAACCAUGCCAACUACAUGAGAAGCAAGUUAAAAAUGAAGGUUUGGGGAAAGAUUGCUAAGAAGUUGAAUCUUUCAAAUGGAAAGAAGGCUAAAGACCAUUGGACAAAGUUGAGAGACCGCCAUCGUGAUGCCCUACGCAGACAAAGAAAACAAAAAAGUGGGACAUCAGGAACUGCAAUCAGACCAUGGACUUAUCAAAAAGAGAUGGAGUUCCUUAUACCAUUCAUGGUUAAUCGGUCUACCAUUUCAAACAUUUCAGAUGAAACUGAACAACAGUCAUCUGAUCAGGAAGAUGAGGUGUCAAAUACCAUGGUUGACACACCAGCUAGUUCUGAAACUUUUUGUAGUCCAUAUACCAAAAAGAAAAAUUCUAAGUUGACCAAUGUUUUGGAAAAUAAUUUUAAAAAAUCUGAGGAAAGAGCUUUAAAACAAGACGAAUUUCAAAAUCUGUUACUAAAAAAGAAGGAAACUGAAAUUUUAGAACAAAAUGAUGCUUUACAACAGUUUUUUAAUUCUAUGUAUAAUCUUACAAAAGUUAUGCCGAUACGAUUUCAGCAGCAGAUUAGAAGAAAAUUAUUUUCUGCAGUUUCAGAAGCUGAAGAUAAAAUUUAUGCUCAAUCUUCCAGCACUGAACCUUCACAAUCCUCACCAUCCACUACAAAUACGGAUUCAGAGUUGACUUUUAGGUAUCCAUCAAACUCCCACUAAUAUCAUUCAUAAUGAACACAACAAAACAACACCAAAUAGUUAUACUUAGAUUUGGACCUAUUAUUUCCAAUUUAACAUCAGAAUCAAUUGGGAAUUGAAAUAAUCAUUCAUUCCCGAUGUUUUUGGUGUUAUCUUUUGAUAGUAACGAGAACAUACUUAAUAGUUAAUAUAGCCUACUGUCUUGCUUCUUCUCAAGUGACGCAAUGACGACAACGUCUGCAGCAAGAAGAGGAGGAAGAGAGAAUCUGAUAUUCGUCCAGUCUUGUUUACCUAGUGCCCUUUAAAACUGUUGAGGUCCAUACUUAUCCCUUGGGCUAAACCUCAACAGUUACUCCUUGAGUAAGGGCAGUGUCAUUCUAACAAGUCGACUUCAUUUAUUCGUUCUCCCGGUAUCGCCAUGGUGGACCUAGUUGAGAAGCCUCCAAUGAACAACCUGAGCCCAAAGACGAUAGAAGAGGAAAGAGGACUCAUGACUCAGCCAGUACUGAAGCACCACAGUUUUCCUACCCUAGCUACUCCAGAAGAACAUCCCCAAAUUCUUGUGGCCAAUAGAUAUGGCACCCUUAGGAACACAGCUACCUGACCAAAACUACCACUGCCUACAAUCAUCUUCCUUCCUGAUACCCCAAGAAGCUCUGAGGAACACAAUGAGAGAUACAGAAAUUACAAAGUUCUCCAUAAAUUCUUUGGUGAAAGAGACUUGCAGUUACCUGAAGUGUGAAAAGAGCCAUUGUCAGGCAACACUGAUGCUAAGGGAGUGUAAGGAAGUGCAGUUCCACAGUUUAUCCUCGCACGGGACAAAACGUUUCGAAAAUAUUCAUUAUACAGAUUUGACCUUGACUUACCAAAAUUGUAAAUAAUCUCAAAGAAUGGCUCCUGGGUUUCAGGCUCGCAAGCAAGUUGACUAUAAAAUAUCUAUCAGAAGUAUUACCCUGACCCACUAAGCUAAUCCAAGUGAUCACUGAAGACAACAUCAAGCUGGCCUAUUUCAUGAAACUGGGGGACAUUGUGCAUGUUCAAUUUUGAGCUAGCAUAUUCAGAGAUGGUGCCCCAGCCCAGUGCCCAGUGUGAAAUUGUCAAGAGUUUGCGCACAUUAUGAAGUAUUGUGGAACAGCUUGUGCGUGUUCCUGGUGUGAAGACACCCAUACCAUCCAAAAGUGUCAAAAGAACUGUGCCCUCUACAUGUAAAAAUUACCAAGGCAAUCACUACACUUUAUCCAGACACUGUGUGAAAAGUUAGGAACUAGUGAAGAAGCGAGAAGUAGCUCCUCUUAAGCUUAAUGCCUCAAAGCAACAGAGUGAGAUAGUACAGGUGAGCCUAGCAUACUCCACAGCCAGUUGAGUUACCUCCACCACCAUCAGACCCCACCAUCUCAUUAAAGGAUACUUUCGAAAUAGCUGCCUUGGAGUCCCGAUCUGAUUGUAAAUGAAUAUAAAACUAAAAAUGUGUUAAUGGUAAUAUAAACCAUGGCUUAUUCUUCAGUAUUGGUUUUUACAAGUUCUAAAUAUUGAAAUUCUCCAAUUAGGUAGGAUGUGAACUCUUAUAAUGGAAUAUAAAAAAUAAAUAUUAAAAAAAUACUCUGUUAGACUUGAUGAUCACUCCAAAAUGAAUAUAGCAUAAAUCCAAAUGUCCCUGAAUGCCAUCUAUAUUCGAACCGAUUAAAGGAAAAUGGGACAGAAGUCGCUUUCCAGUGGAUACCAGGCCAUUGCGGGCUCCACGGAAAUGAUGAAGCUGACAAACGAGCCAGAAUAGGUUCUGGAAUGAUCCAACCAGAUAUUCCUCUGGGCAUGGAUUCAACGAAAAGAAUUAUAAAACAGACCCUCCAAAGUUCACUGAAGGAGAAAUAUGUGCAAACAAUUGAAGGAAAGCGAUGGAGUGAAUUGCUCGAAGAAAGUGGCAGGAUCCCUAGUGGGCAAACCGUGGCAUGUUUUAGAAUGCUCACAGGCCAUGAUUUCCUUCAGAAGCACCUCCACCGCAUCGGUGUAAAAGAUAGAACGGCAUGCCCUCUGUAUUCCUUAGACAUGAUGACAGGAGAACGUCUUGAUACAUGCCCUGCAUUACAGGACAUAAGAUGUUCCUUUAAUGAAAUGGACAGCCCUUAUGCUCGGAGAGCAAAUUAUAUUGGACUGCAAGAGCACGCAUGGCUGAUGAAGCAGGCAUUACUUAGGCGUAGGAAAAAGAAAAAAGAAACUUGAUGAUCACCUAUGAAUUAGAGAUGUUGCAAACGAUCAAAUCUAAAGAAAGUUUAUUCAUAAAGUUUGCGUAUAUAUUUUAUAUAUAGCAUAUAAUAUGGAAAAGCUUUGGACCUACUGAUACACCGAGGAGGUUAUGAUAAGAAGUAGUAUAGGACAUAGUCGCCUGAUGAUGUAAUUGAUGCUAGAGUCACAUUAGAAACUGGAAUGCUGCAGAGUCAGCCGAUGCAGGCUACUGAAAGAGGCACAGGCACAUUAAGCAGAAUUUCGUCCAAUUAUAUGACAGUCCUCAUCAUUGUCCUCAUUGUAACCACCAUAAAAGACAGAAUAGGACUUUUAAAAAAACAUAUAAUGCACCAUCAUACAGGAGAGAAGCCUCAUCAGUGUUCAUUUUGCGACUAUAAAGCUGUAAAACAUUGUACUUUACAAAGAUGUUGCUGUCACACUGGUCAGAAGCCUUCUAAAUGUCCUCAUAGUGAUUAAUUGAUGUAAUGAAUUAGUGAUGUAAAAAAAUACAUAAUUUAUCGUCAGACAGGUGAAUAAUUGUGAUCUAUGAUAACCUUAAAAAAUGUUUGUAUUUCACCUAUUCAAAAAGGUCAAUAAAAGCCCCCUCUGCACACAGAAGUGAUUUUUAAUCACUAUUUAAAUUAAAUUAGCAUUUUAAAAUUGGUUCUUUUCAAAUAUAUGAUUUAAUGUUUUAAUUGAGUAUUUUUUUUUUUGUUACUUCAGAGUUGUAUUUCAAUUAAAUUGAGAUCAUAUUUAUUAUUUUAUUAAAUUUGUCUUUCAAUUAAGAAUUAAAGUUGCAUUUAUUACUUUAUCAGCAUUUUAUUUCAAUUAGAAUUGGAAUUGUAUUUUUUACUUUAUUAGAAUUAUUGUUUUUUAUAAAUUUAAUUUAUGGGUU